UUGGGAGCUGUCUGUUCAGCACCACACUGUGCGCGCUCUCUGCGCCAGAAAUAGUCUUAUUAGUGCGGGCAACAUUAGCGGGCUUACAGUGACAGACUCACACUUGAUCGGAUUUUCUUGCUUUUGCUCCUUGGUCAUGGCGCUGCUCAGAGGGAAACGGCAGUAAAGACCGGACCUCCUGCCGACCAAGUUUUACGCAAAGAAACUGCGGGGUUUUGGGGUCAAAGUUCGGAGGUUUCACCCUGCAGGUCGGUUCUCUCUGACCGAACCAGGAUGUUUUCACUCUUGUGCGGAUUAUUAUGCUUUUGCGCGCUAAGCGCUCAGCCUGAUGAUGGAAAGCGGUUCAUCUGCCGGGCAGUACCCAUCAGCGGUGAUGUCGGCUGCCCUGUGACAUUACUGCCGGACCUCAGCGUCGGAGGUCAGGAAGAGGAGCUCCGGAACACUGUCAUGCAGCUACGGGAGACGAUUCUCCAACAGAAAGAGACGAUCUCCAAGCAGCAUGGGACCAUCAACGAGCUGACCACCAAGCUGUCCCUCUGCGCCUCGGCCAUUACAGAUAGGAAGUACGGAAAGGGGGCUUCGUGGGGGAAAGAGAAGCAGAACACGAUGGGAGACGUCCCCACAGACCCAAACGACUCCAUAGAUAGCCUGGGGAAAACCAUGCAGGGGCUCAAAGAGCGCCUGGAGAACCUGGAGCAACAGCAAAUGAGGGCCAACUUAUCCGGAGCCUCGUUCCCCAGCGAACUCCGCGACCUGCUUCAGCGUCGGCUCGGGGAGCUGGAGAAACAGCUCCUGAAGAAAGUCAGUAGCCUGGAGGAGGAGAAGAGCCAGCUGUCCAACGCCACGGCCGCUUAUAGGCUGAAGACAGAGAGCACCCUGAACGCACUGGUGGAGAGAAUCAGCGAGCUGGAGAAAGGUGGGGGAGACUUUAAGUCCCCUGAGCAGUUUAAGCUGUCCCUCCCUCAAAGGACCAACUACCUCUAUGGCCGAAUCACCAAGACCUUGCCAGAGAUGUAUGCCUUCACCCUCUGCAUGUGGAUCAAGUCCAGUGCCAGCCCCGGUGUCGGAACACCUUUCUCCUAUGGCGUCCCAGGGCAAGCUAAUGAGAUUGUGCUGAUAGAGUGGGGGAACAACCCAAUCGAGCUGCUCAUUAAUGACAAGGUUGCCCAGCUUCCCCUGGAAGUAAGGGACGGCCAAUGGCACCACAUCUGCAUCUGCUGGACCACACGAGAUGGCCAGUGGGAGGCCUACCAGGACGGGGAGAAACUGGGAACCGGAGACAACCUUGCGGCAUGGCACCCCAUCAAACCUGGAGGAGCCAUCAUCCUGGGGCAGGAGCAGGAUGUGGUAGGCGGGCGUUUCGAUGCUGGACAAGCUUUUGUGGGUGAGCUGAGUCAGGUGAACAUUUGGGACCGUGUCCUGAAGCCCGUGGAGAUCCAGUCGAUGGCAAACUGCAGCUCCUAUCUCGCCGGUAACGUCAUUUCCUGGCUGUCGAGCAAUGUUGAGGUUUUUGGGAGGGGGGCAUUUAAGCGCCCCCUGGAGAUAUGUCAGGAGAGGCUGCCAAAGGUUUAGAGCUUUUUGUUUCUGUCCCUGGUGUUAUUAUUUCCAUCAGCUUAACAAAUGACCGUUUAAGCGACUGACCACUCUUACUGUGAAACCUGUACACUACUCAAAAACAUAAAGGGAACACUCAAAUAACAUAUCCUAGAUCUGAAUGAAUGAAAUAUUCUCAUUGAAUACUUUGUUUUGCACAGAUGAAUGUGCUGACAACAAAAUCACACAAAAUCAUCGAUGGAAGUAAAAUCUAUUAACCAAUGGAGGCAAUGGAGUAACAUAAAAAAUGAAAGUGUAAAAACACACUACAGGCUGAUCCAAGUGUGAUCUAAUGUCCUUAAAACAGGUCAAAAUAUGUGUGUAUGUAUGAUCUCCCUACAAUGCCUGGGCAUGCUCCUGAUAAGGUGGUGAAUGGUCUUCUGAGGGAUCUCCUCCCACACCUGCACUAAAGCAUCUGCUAACUCCUAGAAAGUCUGUGGUGCAAUGUGACAUUGUUUGAUGGAUCGAGGCACAAUGUCCUAGAUAUGCUCAAUCUGAUUCAGAUCUAAGGAACUACUUGCAGGAACUACUGACACACUCCGGCUGCAUGAGGUCUUGCAUUGUCUUGCAUUAGGAGGCACCCAGGACCACCCACACCAGCAUGUGGUCUCAAUAGGGCUCUAAAGAUCUCAUCUCGGUAUCUAAUGGCAGUCAUGCUACCUCUGCCAAGCACAUGAAAGGGUGUGCUGCCCUCUAAAGAUAUGCCAGCCCACAGCAUUACUGACCCACUGCCAAACCAGUCAUGCUGAAGGAUUUUGAUGGCAGCAGACCAAUCUCCACAGUGUCUCUAGCUCUGUCACAUCCAUCCCAUGUGCUCAAUGUGGAGAUGCUUUCAUCUGGGAAAUCACAGGGCGUCAGUGGCCAAUUCACCAAUCCCGGCAUUAUCUGGCAAAGGCAAACAUCCAGCACAGUGUUGGGCUGUGAACACAACCCCCAUCUGUUGAUGUCAGACCCUCAUACCAUCCUUGUGGAGUUGGUCUCUAACUGUUUGUGCAGGCACAUGCACAUUUGUAGCCGGAUAGAGGUCAUUUUGCCGGGCUCUGGCAGUACUCCUGCUGUUCCUCCUUGCACAAAGGCAGAGGUAGCAGUUCUGCUGCUGGGUUAUUGCCCUCCUGCCGCCUCCUCCACGUCUCCUGGUGUACUGGCCUGUCUCAUUGUAGCACCCCCAGCCUCUGGACGCUAUGCUGACAGACACAGCAAACCUUCCUGCCAUAGAGGUGCUGUUCUGGAUGGCCUGCACUACCUGAGUCACUUAUUUGGGUUGUAGAGUCUGUCUCAUCCUACCAUGAUUGUAAAAGCACCAUCAACAUUCAAAAGUGACCAAAACAUCAGCCAGAAAGCAUAGGUACUGAGAAGUUGUCUAUGGUCCCUGGCUGCAGACCAUUUUAUUGAGUGUUUCUUGCUAAUUGCUUAUUGUGUCCACUGUUGUGUAUUCCAUUUGCACAACAGCAUGAACAUUCCUAAGUGGAUGGUUUGAUUUUACAGAAGUUUGAUUUGAGCUUAUAUUGUGCUGUUUACGUGUUCCCUUUAUUUUUUGAGCAGUAUAUUAUUGCUAGCUUCAAUUAACCAGCAGCAUGAAUGUAAGAAUAAUUUAGAUUUUUUUAUGAUUUCGUUCUAAAGCCCAUUUUCUGGUUAGACAACAGCCUACAUCAUCUUUACCCAGUUAUUCACAAAGGGGCCUGUUUAGGGUUACGGUUGGGGCUUCGCUCUGCUGCCAACCUCCAGCCAUCAUUGGGUCUGAGAACAAGAUUAUAGUUCAAAUUUAUUCUGUCUUCUCUAACUCAUACAGCCUUAGAGUGAAACUGUUUAUAAACAGAAGUGAGUUAAUUUAAAAAAAAUGUUCCUUUAGAAUUGGCAGAGAGAACAUAUUUUAUAUCCAUCAAUGAGCCUCUGUCUGGAAAUUAGAGGAUCUCUGUAAUCAGAGAUGGUCAAAGCCAUUCUAGAAGCUUAAUGUCUGCCUUCUUUAAGGGAAUUCUACAGAGGUUUCGAUAUGGGUUUGGGACAUUUGUCCUAUUGGGACGUGUCCAAAAUUUAGCCAUCUCAAUGAAAUGGUUUCCCUGUAUGAUGUAGGGAAAUUGACUGAAGUUCUCAGGCCUAAGAAUAUAACUGCAAAGCAUGGUGGGGGCAGCCUUGUGUUGUGGUUCUGGUUGAAGUGGAUGGGAUAAUAAAAAAAGAGGACAACAGAAAUGCUUUAAUAAUUAUACCAAACUUAGAAACGGUUUAACACAUUUUGUUGUUAUUGAGGGCCAAAACACAGGCAGGCAUACCCUUCCUAGGUAUUAAGAGAUGACUUUCAAACUGAAACAUGGAAAACAUUGGAAUAACCAGGAAUCAUGGAGAAUACCUUUAGCAGAACAGGGAGCUACAGCAGAAAUGGGAGAACACCCAUUUUAAUUAGAUUCAAAUAAGUGAGCUUAACCAGAUCUUAUAAUAUUUGAUCAAACAUUCAGCCAGAAGCUUAAAAAAGUCUGCAGAGAUUUUUUUAUUUUAUUUUUUUAAUCUGAAACUUGUCAAAUGACAUGCAUCCAAACAAUGAGUGUUUUUGGAUGUUUAAGUCUGUAUUUAUAUGAAAUCCACAGCAUAUUGAAACAUGUACCCACUAUACUUGUUUUUAAAAACCCAUGAAGUUGUCAGAUGUCCAUAAAAGCCUAACUGUCCAAAGAAAUAAUUAAAAGUCCUAAAUAUAUGUUUAAAAAUAUAAAAUAAUAUUCAUAAUACACCUUUGCAUGAUUAGAUGAUCAGACCUAUUGAUGUUGAGGCAGCUGAUGUGUGAAGGCCAGGUAGAGUCGGUCUCUGAGGACACCAUGAGCUCCUUACAGGUCAGGGUGAGGGUUCUGAGUCCUUCAUGGGGCAGAGCUCCCUCAGGCAUUAAAGCCGCCUCUUCUUCGGCAGCUCCCUCACAUCCUGGACCACUUUGCUGCUGGGGAACUCACUGCUGCGUGGAUGCUAGAAAAGAUUAAAGUCUGCCUAAUGAGCUUACAGAAUCAUUAGGCUGGUUUCACACCUCCUCAUGUUGUGGUAGAAAUACUACGUGGAACUCUGCCUGUGGUCCGCCUGAUGGCCGGUGGAGUUUAGUUAAUUUCUGAGUCCUUUCCAGUGCUUUCUCUCUGGCCUUCUCCUCCCCCACCCAAUGCUGUUACUCAUAGUGCUGUAAAUUAAUUUUUAUUUGAGAUGUUGUUUCUGUGUGUUACAUUGUAGAAAAUGUAUAAACCCAUAAACAGCUUUUAAGUAUGUAUUUUUUGAAUGUAAAUUAUUAUGUAAAAGUUCCUAUUGUUAAAGCUUUUCUGUGUUAGCAUAACCCAUAUUGCCUCAUGGCCUUCCCAUGGAUGUUUAAGUGCCAUUAAAUAUAUUUUUUUUUUACAUGCUUUGACCUCACAUAAUGAGCAAAUAAAUCAAUGUUGCACAUCAAA